UUAUAAUUUCGUGCAAGUUAAGACGUUUAUAUUUCUGUUUGUUUUAUUAUUACAAUGUCUAUUAGAGCGUUGAGCCCUGAAUUAGCUGAGAAAGCUUUAAAGGAAUUGAACGAGGAUCCAAAGAGGACGCCCAGUGAUAUCCAACACAUUAAGGAAUGGUUAUCGAAGCAGCCACAUUUAAGAGCAAGAACAGACGACCAAUGGCUGUUACAAUUCUUACGUGGGUGCAAGUUCAGUUUGGAGAGAACUAAGGAAAAGAUUGAUCUAUACUACUCAAUGCGGACUUUGACUCCUGAAUUUUUCAGUAUACGCCCGACAGAUCAGAUUUUUAAAGAUAUAAUUGGGCUUGGGUCAUUUUUAAUUCUACCCAAGUCUAAAGCCUUUGAUGGAACUCGAGUAACCAUCGUUCGACCUGGGUCAUACGAUGCUAAUAAAUACAAUAUAAUCGAGGUUUUAGCGGUGUCAACUAUUCUAGAAAGGAUAGCAUUAGCCGAAGAUGACGAUUCUGUAAUCUGUGGAAGACGUACUAUACUCGAUUUGAAGGGCGUAACAAUGGGACAUUUCACCCAAAUGACGCCUGUUACUAUGAAGAAAAUGGUGACAAUUGGACAGGAUGCAGCCCCACUCCGAUUUAAAGGUGCACAUUAUAUAAACUUACCAGGUGGUUUUGAUGUGGUAUUCAAUGCCAUUAAGAGCCUAUUAAAUGAGAAGAAUAAAAGCAGGCUCAUUAUUCACAAUGAAAAUUAUGAAGAAAUGUACAAAUACAUUCCUCAAGAUAUUUUACCAGCGGAAUACGGCGGCAAGGCUGGUACAAUUAGUGACAUUUCAGGAUAUUGGUUGAAGAAGACUGAGGAAUAUAGUUCAUGGCUUGAAGAAGAUAUGAAGUAUGGCACGGAUGAGGCCAAGAGGCCGGGAAAACCUAAUUCAGCUGCCGACAUGUUUGGAGUUGAUGGAUCUUUCAGAAAGUUAGACUUUGAUUUCAAUAUGAAUAUACGUCCUCUGUCUCCUGAAUUGGCAGAAAAAGCUCGCUUAGAGCUCAAUGAAGACCCGAAGAGAAUACAAAGUGAUAUAGAACACAUUAAGGAAUGGAUCGCAAAGCAACCCCAUUUACGUGCAAGAACAGAUGACCAAUGGCUUUUAACAUUUUUACGGGGUUGUAAAUAUAGUUUAGAGAGAACUAAAGAGAAGAUAGAUCUUUAUUACUCUUUUCGGACGUUGGCGCCUGAGUUGUUUUUGCAAAGAAAACACACUGAUGCUGUAUUUCAAGAAAUUCUCGCUUCAGGGUCUUGCCUUGUUCUGCCGAAGAAAGCUUCGCCGGUUGCUCAAAGUGUCCUUAUUGGCAGACCUGGAGUUCUUGAUACUGAAAAAUACAAAGUAACAGACUUUAUGGCCGUAACUAAUGUGAUCCAGAAGAUAAUGUUGCUAGAAGACGACAAUACAGUAGUAGCGGGCGCACGUUUUGUAAUGGACUGUGAAAAUGUUAACAUGUCAUUCUUCUUUCAAAUGACUCCAACGUUAAUGAAGAAAAUGUCUGUCUACUCCCAGGAAGCAGUCCCACUGCGGUUUAAAGGUGGCCAUUAUAUUAACGUGGGAAGUGGCUUUGAGACCAUUUAUAAUAUGAUGAAGAGAUUCUUGAACGAGAAAACUAAGAGCAGGUUGCACGUUCAUAACAAAAACUAUGAAGAGAUGUAUCAACAUAUACCAAAAGAAAUUUUGCCUGUCGAAUACGGUGGCAACGGUGGUACUAUCGCUGAAAUAGUUGAGUAUUGGCAGAAAAAGAUAGCUGAAUACAGCGAUUGGUUGGAGGAAGACUUGCAGUUUGGUACUGACGAGUCCAAACGUCCUGGAAAACCAAAAUCGGCAGAGGAAAUGUUUGGACUCGAUGGGUCAUUCAGACAGUUGGAGUUUGACUAAAGGAUAUAUAUAUCAUUUCUAUAUAUAUACUCAACGUAUUUGCAUUACUACGGAUCGAAGUAUUAAUAAAGAAUUCAAAACA